UGAGUGGUAUUCAGUAUUUUAUACCGAAAUGGCUAGGCGUGUGAAUCAUCGCAGAAACUAGAAUCACAUUAUUAUUAUUUCCUCCCUGGAAUCGAUAGUUACCGGUAUAGGCCCGUCUGUUGAGAUCAUCCACAAAUUUCUGGAAGAGAUAAAUUAUUUGCGUACUAAUCAAGGAAAGACAGCUGUAUCAUCCAACACGGCCGUCAAGUUUCUUAUGGCCAGAAAAUUUGAUUUUAAAAGAGCCAAGGAUUUAUUUAUAGCACAUGAGAAUAUACGUGAUCGUGAAGAUUUAGUUUAUAUCGAUCCAUCGGAUAAAGAUCUACAGACAGAAUUAUACACAGAGAAAUUUACAGUACUGCCGAACCGGGAUCAUUCUGGUGCUGCAGUGGCAUUAUUCACUGCCCGAUUACAUUACCCAUCCACCACCACACAUCAGAUUACGUUAAAAGGUUUGGUUUUUCAGUUAGAUGCUGCAUUAGAAAGUGAGGACACCCAGAAGAAUGGAUUAGUCUUUGUUUAUGAUAUGACAGAUUCUAAAUAUGCUAAUUUUGAUUAUGAACUCAGCAGCAAAAUUCUUAAUAUGCUUAAGGGUGCCUACCCAGCAAAAUUAAAAAAAGUGUUAAUUGUCACGGCACCGCUGUGGUUUAAAGCUCCUUUUAAAAUACUUCGUAUGUUUGUCAAAGAAAAAUUACGUGAAAGAGUUUUUACCGUCGAUUUAACGCAAUUAUCAAAGUUUUUACCAAAAGAGUGUUUAACGCCAUAUUUUAACAGUAAUAUUCGACACCCGACCCCCGGACAUAAGGAGUGGUUAGAACUCUGUAAGGAGGUCGCAAUACAUCAGUGUCCUAAUAUGGAUUCAUACUUUAUCACGCGUAAACGGGGACGUGAUUCUCUGGAUGAAUGUGACUCUCAAGGCUCCGUGUCUAGGAGCGUGUCGAGCGACGCAGAACUACGUAUCAGUGAUAUAGACACAAAUUCUGAAGCAUCAAAAGAAACAAUCAAUGAAAAACACAACCACGAGGAUCGUGAGAAAGAGCACGAGAUCGAGGGAACAGAUUCGGAAAAGGAAGUGACUGUCGAAAAGGACGGAACAAGUUUAACGGGCGGUAAACGAAGACGAACAUCGGGAACAGAUUCCGAUAGAUUUAAGAGAAAUUCCGAAAUAUCACCAACAGCCGAGAAGAAACGUCCGAUGUCGUCAGGAUCAAAUAUUUUGGAUAAUUCUAUUCACAUGCCAGAUGAUCAAGGUCUGACGUUAACUCAACUGGUUGAUCAUGUCAAACAACUGAAGAAACGAGGUUUAUAUGCCGAGUACGCCCAUAUUAAAAUGGAACCACCAAAAGGAACCUUUAAUGAGUCAAAAGCACGUCAUAAUUUACCAAAGAAUCGUUACACAGAUGUCCUGGCAUUAGAUCAUAGUCGUGUUUGUCUCCCUUUAACCGACGGAGAUCCCAACUCUGAUUAUAUUAAUGCUAACUAUGUUGAUGGUUAUAUGCAGAAAAAUGCUUAUAUCUGUACACAAGGUCCACUACCUAAAACAUUUGUUGAUUUUUGGAGAAUGGUAUGGUCGAAUCAAACAGAAGUCAUUGUCAUGACAACCAGAACAAUAGAAAGACAGAGAAUGAAAUGUGGACAAUAUUGGCCUAACGAAGAAUCGAUGGAUGAAGAAUUUGAAGAAUUUGUUGUUUUUAACAGUUCUAUCAAACAACACAAAGAUUACAUAGAAACUAAACUAGAUAUACACAAUAAAAAGACAGGAGAAAAAAGGAUGGUGACCCAUUUACAGUUUACAGCCUGGCCAGAUUACGGUAUUCCACCAGCGACCGGUUUCCUUGAUUUCUUAUUUCACGUACGUAAAGCCCAGGAAGAUGCUACCAAGGACCUAGGAAGUAAAUGGCAAGGUCAUCCUCUCGGACCACCUAUCGUUAUUCACUGUAGCGCUGGUAUCGGAAGAACAGGUACAUUUGUAACUAUUGAUAUCUCGUUACGUCGUCUAGACGAUAUCGGAACAGUUGAUAUACGUGAAACAGUCAGAAGAAUCCGCAGUCAACGAGCAUAUAGUAUACAGAUGCCGGAUCAAUACGUGUUUUGUCAUCUGGGAGUUAUCGAUCAUGCCGUCAGACAGGGCUUACUAAAGGAAGUAGAAUGGUCGUCGUUAGAUAGUGACACUGAAAGUGAUUAACCAAUUCAUUAUUUUACUUAUUUAUUAUAUUCAUAUAAUACGCAAAACAUUUUUCGUGGGGUCAUUGGUGGGUUAUUUAGGAGUGAUUUUGUUGUCUGGUUAUCUGAACUUUCACAACCAGAAUUCAGCCACUUCAUACAUGCAAUGUCCAAACAUCGUAAAAUACACAAAAACAUUUUUCACGGGGUCAUCAAUGGGUUAUUUAGGAGUGAUACAAAUAAGUGUAUGUUGUUGCCUGGUUAUCUCCCCUUUUACAACCAGAAUUCAGCCAUUUCAUUCAUACGAUAUCAAACCAUUUAUUAUAAUCACAAUCUCAAUCAGGUGUUUAUGUCAAAGCAUGGAUUAUUGGUCAAGAUGUAGAUCAAGUUAUUGUGAAAGAGCUUUUUUGAUUGGCCGUUAUAGAACAGUAGGUGAAACUGGUGGUAGUCCUAACAUUGAUGUAGGUACGCUUCAAUUGACUUGUCACAGUUACCGAGUUAAAUUUAAGGGGGUGGUGGGGGGGAGGAACAGUCAUGACGUAUGUGCUUGCCAAGCGACCGUGCCGAAAUUUUUUAAGACAGGAAAUUAACUUUGGUUGGGCCAAAUGAUGUCAUUAUAAAAAAGAUUGAACAUCAGUUAUUCAAGGACUAGUUCUAUAUUGAAAGAUGUAUUGUCAUGUAUAAAUAUAUCGAUGACAUGUGACAAUAUGAUGUCAUGGAGAAAGUCGUCCAUCCAUGUUGACUUUAUAAGUUAUUCAAUCAAUCUGAUUACAAUACAAAUCUAUAUAUUGUUUCGUUUUUUAUACUUUCAAUGGCCUAAACCACAUGAUGAUCUGACCAAUUGUUUUGGGAGGUUGUGUCAGAGGUCAUUUGAGCGGUUUUUGACCCUAGUACGUCAGACAUUUGAUUAACCACAAUGCCGUGCACCUCACGCCAAAAGUUCGUUGUAACAGACCCUUUCAUUGGCUAAUCCCAACGAAACGGAAUAGGAUCUGUGUUUUAAUCAGAUUGUUAUUCAAGGGACAACGUAAAAAUAUUUUCUAGCAGACAUCUGUAUAUAAGGGGGAUAACUCUGUUAUGCUACAGUUGAGUUAGACAUAUUACUGUUUCCGAAUGAAAUUUAAAUAACUUAAGAACUUGGUGGGGGGGGGGGGGCGAAUGGUUAACAUGUUGGAUCAUAAGGUCUGUCAUUGAGUUAAGUGGUGUGGUUUCAAUUCCCCGCUUGUACGUGACAAGGAGUAUGGUCGUCUAUCCAACUUCACGGGUUUUAUCCAUUUAAUCAGGGUCCUCUGGUUUCCUCCCAUUGCUAAUUACGAUAAAACUGAACCCUAUGUCAGGCCCAAAAUUACCUAGUUUGUUUCGAGUGGACGUUGAAGCCCUUUUUUCUCUCUCUCUCUCGCUUAAGAACUGAGCAAUUUCAUUGAUCAAGAGAUAACCUUUGUUACGAGGUUUUAAAAUCUCAACCAAUGAAAUGGCUGUAUCCUUCAAAUUUUUUACUUUAAAUUUUCGUGAAUUGGACCCCAGAUGUCAGUUAUAAAUAAUUUGUAUUGUUAGACUAAAAUAUGAUACAAACCUUAAUGUAUUAAACAAUUAGUUAACUAGUAAGGUUCUGGACAGGCUCUACAACAUUGAUAAACACCGGACACAAUUUCUUUUUGCAUCAAAAACAUUGCUUUUUGUUUACUAAAUAUUUUUGAUGUAUGUUGUGUUGUAUGACAAAUUGUAGCUACGCCACCCGAUGUAAUAGUGAAAUUAUUUGCCUAUAUAGAAUAAAAGUUUGUGUAUUUUCGUACUGUA